CAAAGCCGGGCGAGCCGCGGCUGGUUGUGGUGCGGACGCGGCCCUGGCCACCGUGGUGCCGCUAACCUCCAGGCCGCAUGGCCCGCGGCCGCUGCCCGUCGCCGGCCGCCUGCAGCCAGGCCCGCUGCCGCCCACCCGCGGCCGCCCGGACGCAGGACCCCCGGGUCGCUCCGACUCCUCAAUAUGCAGCUCCGUGCUGGCCGGCCAGUUGUCAGAACAAAGGGGAAUUAGCGAUGGAAGCCUUGUUGGAAGGAAUACAAAAUCGAGGGCAUAGCGGGGGAUUUUUGACAUCCUGUGAAGCAGAACUGCAGGAGCUCAUGAAACAGAUCGAUAUAAUGGUGGCACAUAAGAAAUCUGAAUGGGAAGGGCAGACGCACGCGCUGGAGACUUGUUUGGACAUCCGCGAUCGGGAGCUGAAGACGCUGCGCAGUCAGCUGGACAUGAAGCACAAGGAGAUUGGAAUGUUGCAUCAGCAGAUAGAAGAACAUGAAAAAAACAAGCAAGAAAUGGCCAUGGAGUAUAAGCAGGAGUUAAAGAAACUGCAGGAGGAAUUAGGCAGACUGAAGAGAAGCUAUGAAAAGCUACAGAAAAAGCAACUAAGAGAAUUUAGAGGAAAUACCAAAAGUCUGCGGGAGGAUCGGUCUGAGAUUGAGAGGCUGACUGGAAAAAUAGAGGAAUUCCGACAGAAGUCUCUGGACUGGGAGAAGCAGCGUUUGAUUUAUCAGCAACAGGUAUCUUCUCUGGAAGCACAGAGGAAGGCUUUAGCUGAACAGUCGGAGAUCAUUCAGGCUCAGCUUGCUAACCGGAAACAGAAAUUAGAGUCUGUGGAGCUGUCCAGCCAGUCAGAAAUCCAGCACCUGAGCAGUAAGCUUGAGCGGGCCAAGGACACUAUUUGUGCCAACGAGCUGGAAAUAGAGCGCCUUAAUAUGAGGGUUAAUGACCUGAUGGGGACCAAUAUGACUAUCCUUCAGGAGCAGCGACAGAAGGAGGAGAAACUGAGGGAGUCUGAGAAGUUAUUAGAGGCUCUGCAGGAAGAACAGAAAGGAUUGAAGGCAAGUCUUCAAUCUCAAGAAAACUUCAUCCUUGAGGCAAAAAUGAAGAAAGAAAAACUGCAAACAAAAUUAAAGACAGUUGACACUCAGCACUCCAUAGAAAGCAUGAGGCCGCUGGAGAACUGUCAGGUGGAAAGGAAGUUCCCUUCUCCAGGCCCAGGAGUCCUAGAUAAUGUGCUGUCACAGCUGGACUUCAGCCACACCAGCGAGGAGCUCCUGCAGGCAGAGGUGACUCGUCUUGAAGGCAGUUUGGAAUCUGUGAGUGCAACAUGUAAACAGCUGAGCCAAGAAUUAAUGGAAAAAUACGAAGAACUGAAGAGAAUGGAAGGGCAUAACAAUGAGUACAGGACCGAGAUUAAAAAGUUGAAAGAACAGAUCCUUCAGGCUGAUCAGACCUAUAGCUCUGCGCUGGAAGGAAUGAAGAUGGAGAUCUCCCAGCUGACUCGGGAGUUACACCAGCGAGAUAUCACUAUUGCUUCUGCCAAGUGUUCCUCCUCAGACAUGGAAAAGCAGCUGAAGGCCGAGAUGCAGAAAGCAGAAGAAAAGGCAGUAGAGCAUAAGGAGAUUCUGAGUCAGCUAGAAUCACUCAAGUUAGAAAAUCGCCGUCUUUCUGAAACAGUGAUGAAGCUGGAGCUGGGCUUGCACGAGGCAAAAGAGAUUUCACUAGCAGACCUUCAGGAGAAUUAUAUUGAGGCAUUAAAUAAAUUAGUGUCUGAAAAUCAACAACUCCAGAAAGAUCUGAUGAACACCAAGUCUCAGCUGCAGCAUGCUACUCUCGUGUGUAAAAAAAACGAUGGCAGGAUCUCUAAACCAGCACAUAGCAGAGCAGCCGAGUUCAAGAACACAGAGUUUAAGCCAACCCAUGGCCAGCACAGACAUGAUGGAAUAAAGACUGAGCAGUAUAAAACAGGUCACCACUCGCCUCAAGAACAAGUGUUGGGUAGCAAAGACCCCAUGGCCAGGGGCCCCAGUCCCCGGAGUUCUCACAUCAGCCCUGACAGCUCCACCGUGUCUCUGCCUUCCAACUUUCUGUGCCAUGCUCACUCUUUGCCUUCAAUGCUAGAUAUAAAUGAUGCCAACUUUUCUGACAUCCUGUCUGACUGUAUGAAUGACCAAGAAGAGUUUGUGUCUUCGUGCUCGCUGCCCAUCUCUCCUCUGGGAUCGAUAGCUACCAGGUUCCUGGAGGAAGAGGAGCUACGGUCUCACCAUAUUCUAGAGCGCCUGGAUGCACACAUUGAAGAGCUGAGAAGAGAAAGUGAGAGGACGGUGAGGCAGUUCACGGCCCUCGUGUAGCCAUGGACAGCCACAGACAGAGGACUCGGUUAUAAAGUCAUAAUACAGAGGGUGCCUGCGAGAGCAGCCGUGAAGAAUCUGCGCUAAUUAUUUUCACUGACUUGUUUGAAGGACUUCUCCCAACAGUAACUUGUGAGAAUAAACCAAUUUGCAGACUUUU